GGGCGCCCACCUACUACUGGGCCCAACAUUUUUGAAUAAAUCGUACAGUUAUUACAGUGCUAUAUGAGUAUGUAUGGUAUGUGUGGCACACAUAGGAUUGCAUAAUGUGUUCACAUGUUUGCAAAUUUCAAUAGUCAUUGAAUCAUAUGAUGAUUGCAUAGCAAUACAGUAUUAAUAUUAUACAGUAGUAGUCAACGCAUUGCCUAAAUGGCUACAAUCUGUCGCAUUCACGAUAAUCACAUUUUUAUUAUUGACUGUUAUAUACAUUGUAUAUAAUAUAUGACUGACUUGAGUGGCGGAACCAAUUGCAGUGAUGUUUUGUUUAGACGACUAAUCAUUGGAAAAAAAUCUCUUGUGAUUAUAAUUCGCUCUGAUUUUUACAUAUAUUUUCGCAAAAUAUUAUAUUGAAGUUAUUAUCACAACAUUUGAUUCAAUCAAUCAAAAGACACAAACCAUCAGAUUGUUUGCAAACUGCAGUCGUAAUCGACUUAAUAAAUAAAAUAUCAAUUGAAUUGAAUUUUAUUAAACAAAAAUUAUGGCAAACAAGUCAACAACAGAGACCAACAAUGGCAAAGAAGUACGUGUUUGGUGCGAUGGAUGCUACGAUAUGGUCCACUUCGGUCACGCAAAUCAGUUACGUCAGGCCAAAGCAAUGGGCGAUCGGCUUAUAGUUGGUGUCCAUUCGGACGCCGAAAUAAAUCUACAUAAGGGUCCACCCGUUUUCAACGAAGAAGAACGAUAUAAGAUGGUGUCGGCCAUCAAAUGGGUCGACGAAGUGGUCAAAGACGCACCGUAUAUAACCACAUUGGAAACGUUAGAUCAAUAUCAAUGCGAUUUCUGUGUUCACGGCAACGACAUCACACUGGAUGCCGAUGGCUUAGACACAUAUCGAUUUGUCAAAGAGUCUGGUCGUUAUCGGGAAUGUAAGCGUACUGAAGGCGUGUCGACUACCGAUUUAGUCGGACGAAUGCUAUUGUUAACGAAAACACAUCACCGACAAAGUGGCCCAACAGAGGAUCUGCCCGAUAGUGAACAUACGGCUAACUUUAGCCGACAGAUUAGUCGCGACUCAUCAGCGCACAGUCCGUGGACGGGAAUCUCGCAAUUUUUGCCGACCACUCAAAAGAUUAUUCAGUUUGCCGAAGGAAAGGAACCGAAACCAAACGACCGCAUUGUUUACGUCGACGGAGCUUUCGAUUUGUUUCACGUCGGUCACAUAGACUUCUUGGAAAAGGCCAGAAAAGAAGGCGAUUAUCUUAUAGUUGGUUUACACACUGAUCUGGUAGUCAAUAGAUACAGGGGUUAUAACUAUCCGAUUAUGAAUCUACACGAGAGAGUCCUAUCAGUGCUCGCUUGUAAGUAUGUCAAUGAAGUGGUUAUUGGUGCUCCAUAUAGUGUGAAAAGUGAUUUAAUGAAUCAUUUUAAAGUCGAUAUUGUUAUCAAAGGAAACACCGAAAUACAUCCCGAUGUCGAUGGCUCGGAUCCAUAUGAAAUCCCGAAACAGUUGGGCAAAUAUAAAGUUAUCGAUAGCGGCAAUAGUUUGUCCACUUUCAAUAUUGUCGACCGGAUUAUUGCCAAUUCAGUGGAUUUCAGACUGAGAAACAAGAAUAAGGAAAAGAAAGAAAUUGAUUUAAUUCUCCGAUUAAAUCAAGAAAAAGACAAACAAAAUGGUUUGAACAGCAAUUCAAACGAGCAUUAGUUUGGUUUUUAUCAAAACAAAAAAGAUUGACUU